CGAUACUUUCUUCAGUCGUUAACCCAUCUUUAAUUUUGUUAGCAAUUAAUACAUUUAAGCGAGCGGAAAAUACGCAGGAAGCGCCAAAAAACCUUGCAAAAAGUGCCCGCGCACCCCGGCAGAGUAGCGUCCAGUUGGCUGGCAUUAGCCAUCAACCAAAUCCGAUCGAUCAGUUCAUUCGAUUCGGGUAAUUUCGCCAUUUGGCAUAAUUUCAUCACUGCACACGUGUCUGGAGCUGCGUGACUGGAAACUAGAGUGCUCCGUGGAUUGCGGACGAGCCCGAGGUUGCGCUGCCAAAUGCCCAGCAGCCAGCGGCGGCCAGGAAGAGACUUUUCCGGCAAAGAAGGGGAGGCAGCGGCAGGAGGUGCUGCUGACCACUGCACUUCCCAUGGCUGAGUACUGGCAGCAGUUGUCCAACGGCGGAGGAGGGGCUGGAAUAGGAUCAGGAUCAGCAGGACCUGGCAGUGAGUCCCCUUCCAUGGCCGCCUGCAAUGGAGGUCACCAGGGUGGGUCCAACACUCCAAACAGCGGCAACAACAACUAUGUGAACUUCAAUCAGUUCAUCAUGCAACACAAUCUGGGCGGAGGAACGCCCUCCAGUGCCGCAGGCACCAUGCAACAUCCGCUGGGAAGCACUAGCACUGGCUCCAGCAGCAACACAAACUACUCCCUCAGCGGCGGCGGAGGAGCCUUUGGCCUCAAUCCUCCAGCGGCAUCAGCGAACUCCAACAACUUUUCAAAUUUUUACUCGCAGCCCGUAUUCCCAUCGUAUCAAAAUGGCGAUGGCAUCGCUAGCGCCGCAUUCACCAACAGUUACGGAUCGGGCAACCCGAACAGCAGCACUUUUUCGAGUCUUUACACACCGUUCGGCAACAAUCCGUUUGACUUCAGCGCUUCCAAGUUGCAGGCCUCGGCGCCCGAAUUUGUGCCCAGUCUGGCCAAGCUGAGUCUGGACGAGACUCCAGCAGCCACAACGAACGGGAACAGCACUGCCAGCCUAGAGACUGCCAUAAAUGAGACAAGACCCAGGGCUCUGCAAGCCGAAGGCGCUUCGGAAAGAGGAGCCAACAACCACCGCUCGAACCACAAUUACGAAAGGGACCGGGAUAGAGAUUCUCGUCCAGGAAGCACGCGUCAGCAGCGGCGCUCCGACUACCGAGAUGAUCGGGAGGAUCGACGGGAAAGAGAGGAUCGCUACGAACGAAACGAUCGCAGGAGGCCGCAGAAACAGCAACGCUACGACAAUCAUCGCAGCAACAAACGGAGGGAUGACUGGAAUCGCAACAGGGAUCGUAUCAACGGCUUUCCACGGGCCGCCGACGAUCUGGACACGAGCAACGAAAGUGCCCACCCAUCGCCCGAAAAGCAAUCGCAACAGCUGCAGCAGCAUCAGCAGAUUUCCCCGAGAAGAGCUCCACCGCCGCCGCCGGCGGAUAACGAGAAGCUAUCGCAGCGUGAGAAACUCAUCCGCGAUAUCGAACAGCGGCGACUGGAGUGCCUGGUGUGCGUGGAGGCGAUCAAGGCGCAUCAGCCGACCUGGUCGUGCCAGAACUGUUACCACUUGCUUCAUCUGAAGUGCACCAUUACCUGGGCGAGCAGCUCCAAGUCUGAGAACGGAUGGCGUUGCCCAGCCUGCCAGAAUGUGCUACAGGAUCUGCCGCGCGAGUAUCUCUGCUUUUGCGGGAAGCUAAAGAACCCGCCGGUGUCGCGGACGGAGUUGGCCCACAGCUGCGGCGAGGUCUGCUGCCGAAUCGAGGGCUGCAGUCACGCCUGCACCUUGCUCUGUCACCCCGGUCCGUGUCCGCCGUGCCAGGCCAAUGUGGUUCGAAGCUGUGGCUGCGGACGCAGUUCCAAGACCAUGCAGUGCGCCAUGAAGGAAGAGCUCUUGUGCGGCGAGAUCUGCGACAAGGCGCUAAACUGUGGCGAGCAUCGGUGCAAGGCGGAGUGCCAUUCGGGCAAGUGUGCUGCGUGUCCCGAUCAGGUGGAGCAGCACUGCCAUUGUGGCAAACAGGAGCGCCAGGUGCAGUGUACGCGCGAGAACCAGGACAAGCGCAGCUACUCGUGCAAGGAGAGCUGUGGAAAACCGCUACCCUGUGGAAACCACAAAUGCAAGGACUCCUGCCACGCGGGCAGUUGUAGACCCUGCAAGCUGAGUCCGGAACAGAUAACCAGCUGUCCCUGUGGCAAGAUGCCCGUACCGGCCGCUCAGCGUUCGAGCUGCCUGGAUCCCAUCCCCACUUGCGAGGGCAUCUGCUCCAGGACACUACGCUGUGGAAAGCCGGCCCAUCCGCACCAGUGCGGCAGCAAGUGCCACCUGGGCCAGUGUCCGCCGUGUCCCAAGCAAACGGCUGUUAAGUGUCGUUGCGGCCACAUGGACCAGAUGAUCAAGUGUCGGCAGCUGUCCAGUCGGGCGGACGAUGCCCGUUGCAAGCGACGAUGCACCAAGAAGCGCAGCUGUGGCAAGCACAAGUGCAAUGCCGAGUGCUGCAUCGACAUAGAUCACGCAUGUCCGCUGCCUUGCAACCGAACCUUGAGUUGCGGCAAACACAAGUGCGACCAGCCGUGCCACCGCGGAAAUUGUCCGCCAUGCUACCGCAGUAGUUUUGAGGAGCUCUACUGUGAGUGUGGCGCCGAAGUAAUCUAUCCGCCAGUGCCGUGCGGCACCAAGAAGCCAAUCUGCAAGCGCCCCUGCUCGCGCUCCCAUCCCUGCGAGCAUCCGCCCCAGCACAACUGCCAUUCGGCGACCACGUGUCCGCCCUGCAUGAUGUUCACCACGAAGUUCUGCCACGGCAACCAUGAGCAGCGCAAGACCAUUCCCUGCUCGCAGCCCAACUUCAGCUGUGGCCUAGCCUGUGGCAAACCAUUGCCAUGUGGCCGCCACAAGUGCAUCAAGCCGUGCCACGAGGGCGCCUGUCAGACGACCGGCGAGAUCUGCCGCCAGAGCUGCACCAAGCCGCGAUCGAACUGUGGUCACAAGUGUGCGGCCGCCUGUCACGAAGGAGCCUGCCCGGAGACUCCCUGCAAGGAGCAAGUGGAAGUUCAGUGCGAGUGCGGCCACCGGAAGCAGAGCCGCAGCUGCCAGGAGUUGGCUAGGGAGCACAGCCGCAUAGCCACUGCCCAGCUGGCCUCAUCCAUGGCAGAGAUGUCCCGCGGCAAUUACAUGGAGCUCAGCGAAAUCUUGGCCCCGGCCAAGGCCAACAAGUCCAACAGAACUCUGGAUUGCAACGACGAAUGCCGACUGCUGGAGAGGAAUCGUCGCCUGGCCGUGGCCCUGUCCUCAGGAAAUCCCGAUACUAAGCAAAAGUCCCUGACCAAGUACUCGGAGUUUGUUCGUGGGUUUGCAAAGAGAAAUCCGGCGCUUACCAAGAGCGUGUACGAAACGCUAAGUGAUCUAGUGAAACUGGCCAAGGAGAGCAAGCAGCGGUCAAGGAGCCACUCCUUCCCCACGAUGAACCGCGAGAAGAGGCAGCUAGUGCACGAGUUGUGCGAGAUAUUUGGCAUAGAGUCGGUUUCCUAUGACAAGGAGCCCAAUCGUAAUGUGGUGGCCACUGCACAUAAGGAAAGGUGCUGGCUACCCGCUACGAGCAUUAUGGAGGUGCUGGCACGAGAGUCCGGACAACGUCGUGUCCCGGUUCCCAGUAACAAUGCGUGGGGCUUGAAGAAAUAAAACUAAUCCAUCUGGAUAUUCGUAUACAGAGAUAUUCUUUAUGUUUAAUCGUUGGCGCUGGAUAAUUAUACUUUAAAACGGAUGCAAAGGAGCCUGAAGGAAAUAUUGAUUGAUCCUGAAUGAGGAAAAGCCGAAUGCGCUGCGAGGACAAUACACAAGGAUAAUUGCCGUUAUUGCGUAUAUUUUGUAAAUUAUAACGAAUGUUAGUUGAACCUUAGAAUGCUAAAUGUUGAAUACUGAAUGGAGUGAAGUGGAAUACACAGGCACAAAUAUGAAGAAUGCUGUUAAUUAAUCUGUUGUACGAUGAAUUAAUCCAACAUGAAUCCUUCUGACCACGUUGCAUCUAACUAAAUAAAAAAGAAUUAGAUCAGAGGGAUAAAUAAAUGAGAAAAUAGAGCAGAGGGCAAA